AUGGCAAACCAAGGUUUGGCAGAAGAAUUCUCUUAUUUGUCUGUUGAUGAUGUUCGGAAGCCGCCUGCACCAAAACUUCCUCCAGCUUUACAACCCCGCCAUCGUGUCGAGCAAUCACAGAACCCUGUCACUUCCCACAAUUCCCAUCCACAGAUCUACAGAGCUGUUCCUGCUGUCUUCAGACCAUCUAUGAGAAAUGAUGAAGAACUACCACCUCCACCCGUCGUGCACUCUAUGACCACUCGCUACACAGAAGACAACUUCCCCCCACCGCCACUCUUUCCUCCCCCUCCUCCGACCACCUCUGACCUCACCCACACCACUUACUACUCAAACCGCAACGAUGCCUACAACCUUCCCCCUCCUCCUCCGCCAAUCGAGCAUGCAACCUCUGGCACAGCCAUGGCCACCCCCACUGUGUACAAUCCAUCCCUGCCCCCACCCUCUAGCUAUCCAUCAGGACAGCCACCCUACAGCAGCGUAAGCAGCAGCUACAAUUCACGGUCAGUUUCCGUGACGGCGCCGUCUUCGGCUGCGUCUUCCACCCCGUCGCACUACUUGAACCAGCCGAACUACAUGAACCAUAGCGAUCUUCCCCCUCCACCCCAGGGCCCCUCCCAGGCCGUGCCGAGCUACUCCAAUGUCCACAGCAGCGCUAGUGCUGUGGUUGGCGGUGGGAUUGGUGUCGGUACUCCUCAGCAGUCGGUCAGCUACAAAGCACCCGUUCAAGCGUUGCCACAGCAGCACAAAUACCCGGGGUAUUCGGAUCCCGUCAACCCUAGCCCUCUCGCUGCUUCCAGUCCGGCAGGCAGCUACACCACGAACUCCCUACCUCGGUCCGAUGGUAGGAAGGUGGGCAAAGAAGCAGAAGUAGAUGCCUUGACUAGUUUGUUGAUGCAAAACAUUGAGUCUGCUGGUGAUCCUGACUUCUUUGGAAUGUGUUCCAAAUGUGGCCAUCGUGUGGUGGGUCCGAGCAAUGGCUGUACAGCGAUGGAUCAAGUUUUUCAUAUUGACUGCUUUAUCUGUGACAGCUGUGGCGAAGAUAAUUAUGAUCUUGUCUCUCCUAAUGAGCGUUGUAAUUAG